AUGCAGCAUUCGGAAGCAGAGCAGUUCGAGGUUUCUGGGGAGAGGGGGGACGCGCGGAGAAUGCCGCCCCCCGCCCUCCCUUCACGGUCAGUCUUGGGCGCGCGCCCCAAUCCCCCAGGAUUCCUCGGGCAGCGCGCAGGCUCCGGCGAGGCGAGCCUACCGUCCCGCCGCGUUCCCGCUCUUACUCCCGCCAGCCCACGGGGCUGCGGCCCCGCCACGAGACGCCGGGCCCCGCCCCGGGUCGGGGCUCCUGCCGCCGCCGCUGCGCGUCUCGGCUGGCUUAGGCGGGCUGGUUCUAGGGCUCCUGGGGGGAUGCUGCCGCGGCCGCAGCCUAACCCGGAAGUUGUGGCGGCGGUGGCAGCGUUGGGAAGGGGGUGUCAGCAACAGCAGCCGCCCGAGGAGGCGGCGGCAGCCGUCGCGGCUGCCGCAGCGCCCGGGGCGUGCAGCCUGCACCUGAGCGAGAGGGCGGACUGGCAGUACUCCCAGCGCGAGCUGGACGCAGUCGAGGUCUUCUUCUCCCGCACUGCCCGCGACAAUCGGCUGGGCUGCAUGUUCGUCCGCUGCGCGCCCAGCAGUCGCUACACGCUGCUCUUCUCGCAUGGCAACGCCGUGGACCUGGGCCAGAUGUGCAGCUUCUACAUCGGCCUCGGCUCUCGCAUCAACUGCAACAUCUUCUCCUACGACUACUCGGGCUACGGCGUCAGUUCGGGCAAGCCCUCGGAGAAGAACCUCUACGCCGACAUCGACGCCGCUUGGCAGGCCCUGCGAACCCGGUAUGGUGUAAGUCCAGAGAACAUUAUCCUGUAUGGUCAAAGUAUUGGAACUGUCCCUACAGUAGACUUGGCAUCUCGAUAUGAAUGUGCAGCUGUAAUCCUCCAUUCCCCUUUGAUGUCUGGUUUACGAGUGGCUUUUCCUGACACCAGGAAAACAUACUGCUUUGAUGCUUUUCCAAGCAUUGACAAGAUAUCUAAAGUAACCUCUCCUGUUUUGGUAAUUCAUGGUACAGAGGAUGAGGUAAUAGAUUUUUCUCAUGGUCUGGCUAUGUAUGAGCGAUGCCCUCGAGCAGUAGAACCUCUCUGGGUAGAAGGGGCAGGGCAUAAUGACAUAGAGCUUUAUGCACAAUAUCUGGAAAGACUAAAGCAGUUCAUCUCUCAUGAACUCCCCAAUUCCUGAAGAAGGAUACUUGAUUUUUACCUCAUUUACUGUGAAUGGAAGAAUUAUCUGUUUUUGCACACGCUUUAAUUGGAUAGCUGUAAUGGCUUCAUAACUAUGAAGAAAUGCCCAAUCUUUAGGGUAUUCUAAUCAAAUAUCUGAUGAAAUUUCAGUCUUUUGUAUAUGGAAAUCUGCCUACUAAUGCACAUAAUGUGAUAAACAGCUGUAACUUUUCAGCUUCAUUGCCUUGGAGAAAGUGGAAAUGAUAGCUGAACAUGGGGACACUUUUCUAGUGCCGUAUGAAAUAUACCAAGAUCAGUUUUCUCUUAUGUCUGAUCAUUUAUGAUUCUUUCAUGCAAGACUUUUUUUUUUUUCAUCCAGUGUUCUCAGUAUUUGGAACACUGCUUUGUCUACAGCUUCUCCUUUUAAUGGAUUCUUGGCUUUGAUCUAAGAGAGUAGUGUUUAAUUUGUGAAUUUUUUAGCUGUGGUAUUGUAACUGGAAAGCUUAUCAGGAUGAAAUUUUUUCUCUCAAUAAUUCUUGUUAAUGUACUGAUCUUUUUCCCAAGCAAACCAUUCAAAAAAACCCUUUUUCCUAAAACAUAAAUACAUAAUGGAGUUAUUACCAACAAAUUUUAUCAACUGUAACUAUAUAAAUAUAACUGGAAUAUUCUUAAAGAAAAAAUAAUGAAACUUAAUGUUUUUUUAAAGUGUAAAUUUAUUACUAGCAAACAGUUUUAAUAUUCAAAUUGUCUGCUUGGUCUGACAAAGAGCCAUAGCAGACUUUCCUUCUGUAAAGCAUUCCUUGUAGACUUUUUAAAAGGAUUGUACAUAUUUGAAUUUACAUUGUGCAUAGAUUCUUAAUUGGUAAUUUUCAUUUAAGUCUAGUUACAACAACAAACUGCAAAAUUUGUUUAUAAAUGAUUGAAUACAUUUUGUUAAUAUGUUUUUAUCCCUGUUAUUUUGCUAUUAAAAUUUUUAUAAUGUUUCCAAGGCAAAAAAUAAAUUAUACAUUUAUGUUUUGAUGAAUUUAUGUAAUUAAAGGUUUUACUAAACUAAUCUUUAGUUUAGAAGUCAUUUGAUUUUUGACACUGGAAUGGCACAGAAUAUGCAUCAGAAAUGCAAGACAUUUAAAAUUGUUACACUACUCAUAGGUUGGGGUUUGGGAUUUUUUUUUUUUUUUGGGUUGUUGUUGUCGUAUGUGUUUUUUUUCUCCCCAGAUUUAAAGGCCUUAAAUGUACUGUAAGCAAGCCUCAGAUUGUUGUAAAAUUUGAUUGGGGUUGGUUGCCACUUUGUGUACUGUUGCUUAAAUGCAACACAGUGGUUGUAAUGGAAUAAAGGAUGCAUGGAUUAGAGCAUA